AUGGCUACUACAGACGCAAAGGAGUACUGUGAGGAGCGAGCGGAGCAUCAGAACGCGCCUAAAUCUCCUCAGCAUUCUUCUUCUUCCUGUGAGGGAGAUGCCUAUACACCCCAACGAACUCGUCAAGCAGUGCGGCUUCACUGGGAGCCCCUCACUAUAUCGGAGUCAUCAGUCUCCCCCUCAGCCGCAAUAUCCAUUGAUGCUGCAGCAGCAGCAGCAGCAGCUGCUGCUGCUGCUACAUGCAAUAUGCAGCCGUCCCCAAUAUUUGCAGACGUGAGAGCCACUGCUGAGGGAAGCGCAGCAAUUGGUAUGCCUUAUUGUAUAUCCCAGAGCUUGAAUUGCAGCGGAGAUGCAGGAGGAGGUCAGCACGAUGCUGCUGCUGCUGCUGCUGUUGCUGCUGCUGCUGCUGGGGCAGUUGCUGCUGCAGGCGUUGGAGACCCUGCUGGAGUUGGGGUGUCUGUACACCCCUCCGUGCCUUACUUUUCUCUCAGCAGCGAAUCUGCUGCUGUGCAGCAAGACGUAGUUCUGCUGUCUGGUUCAGGCGGCGAUGGAGCAUUGAUAGAAGCAGCAGCCCCAGGAACAGCAGCAGCAGCAGCAGCAGCAGCAGCAGCAGCCGCAGUGGCCGCAGCAGCAGUUGUACCACAAGCGGACGCAGCAGCAGCAGCAGCGGGACCCACAACAACAACAACAGCAGCAGCAGCAGGAAGUGCAGGAUCAGGAGUAGCAGGGAGUGCAGGAAGUGCAGCAUCAGCAGCAGCAGCAGCAGCAGAGAGCAGCAGUUCUUCUUCUAGCAGUCUUUCUAAGGCGAAUGUAGCUCUUGAGCUUCUGGAGUGCGGUGUCUGCAUGGAGCGCAUGCAGCCCCCAAUAUAUCAAUGUAAAGAAGGACAUACUCUGUGCUGCAGCUGCCAGCAGCGCCUUAACAGCUGCCCUACCUGCCGCUCUCCUGAGUUAAGUAUACGAUGCAGGGCUUUGGAGGUAUUAGCACAAUGUCUUACAGAUGUCCCUUGUCGGUUUGGCAGCUUCGGGUGUACAUACACUGCAAAGUACAGCGAAAUUCAUCAACAUGAGUCGCGCUGUCUUAAGAGACCCUUAGCUUGUCUGCAUGCAGACAGCGGCUGUGCCUUUGAAGCUUCUCCUCAGCAGCUAGCAGAGCAUCUGCUGCAGCAACAUGGAUAUGAAUACAAACCUACCAGCACAAUUCAGUUCGUCUGUACACCUGAAAACUGCAGGGGAUCGAAACGCAUUGGUAUUGGAAAGAAGCCCAGCAGCAGCAGCAGCAGCAGCAGCAGCAGCAGCAGCAGCAGCAGUGGGUGCAGCGGGAGUGCUUCUGCUGCAGGAGAAGCGGGGAGAGAGAACAGAGCGCAGCAGCAGCAACAGCAGCAACAGCAGCAGCAGCAGCAAUUAAGAGAAGAAGAAGAAGAAGCUGAAGAAGGGGGUUUUUCUUUAGAUGGUUGUGAGUCGUUUGUAUGGCAGCAGCAGCUAUAUCAUUGCUUCGGGAAGUACUUUGUGCUGCGUGUACACCGCAGAGUAGAGGGAGAAGCAGCGUUUUAUUUGUCUUUGUUAGCUCUACACCCGAGACAUCACUGCAGCAGAUAUUCUCUUCAAGUGUCUGGUAAUCAUCGGUCUUACACAUUCAUUGGACCCGUGUGGUCGGCCGCAAGAGGGCCGAAGGAGUUAGAAAGAGUUAAAGAUUGUCUGCUGCUUCCUGAGAAUAUUGCUCUCUUUCUUUCGGGGGCCAAGGGGAGCGAACAAAAUCUUAACGCAAUUAACCUCUGUGUUAACGGCGAGAUAUUGCCUCCUUAG